CUGGCUUGUCUGCCUGGAGCGGGGGGGAGAGAGAGACUGUAGUCGUAUAGUCUGCUCCGGGGGCUUCUAGAUGCUCCGUGAUGGAUGAAGAGUGACAGAUCGGGGUUAGCCGCCAGGGGAGCACCAUUUUCUUCCAGUGCACGGUCUUCAAAAAGAAGGAGGUAGAAGACGCUGGACGCGGAGGGAGGAAGGGACGUGAAACAGACCCAUCUCCACCCCUCCUCUCUUUUUCUCCCUCUCUCUCUCUCUCCACACUCUCGUGCAUCACAACAUAGUGGGCUUUACCCGGACUGCACCGCAUUGCCGCUGCUGCUGCUGCUACUGCUGCGACCCAACCCACCAAACUAACGCAAACAGAGGCAGAAAGAAUCGUGUUUUAUUGGGAUGCUGGAAGCUGGGUGUUUUGCAGAAUUUGUAUACGAGCAUGCAGCAUUUCUCUCUCUCCCUAUAUCUGUUUUUUUCUGUGUGGAUUCGCUGUCCUGCUCGGUAAUGUCAAGACUUUAGAAGCGGGAGUGACUCUUGGAGGAGGGGGCGUUUUUCUUUUUUUUUGCGACUACUGCAUAGUGCACAGCGUGAGGUUUGGAUACAAGUUUGCAGAGCUCAGAUCAUGAAUGCAGCUGUUUACUUGUAAGAGUGAGCCCCCCCUCUUUGCUGCUUCCAACAUGGGUGUUGACUGAGCUAUGAGGAUAUGAGGAUGCACUUGUGAGGAUUAAAAACUGCGCGCAGUAAUUCCUGGAUCAUGCAGAUUCUGCAGCCUAGGACGUUAUUUGUGCUGUUCGCCCGUGCAUAUGUAAUAUUAUCACUGAUCCAUAAUGGGGAAGCACGGAGCAACAGCAGCACACACUCUUCCAGGAGUUUGCAUGGGUCACUCCGGGAGAGUCAUCAAAAUAAAGCCCGGGACCGUGCGCUCUCGCAGGGUUACGCCACAGGUGCGUCCACGGCGGAGGGUGCGAUUAUCCGGGAGACUCUUAACUCCUCUCACCCCUGGAAGAGGGUGAUGGCAGAAGAAACGUGGCGGAUUGGACACAACAAACGCGACUUUAGUAGGACUGUGACACCCGUGGAGGACCCCAGCGCGGGCUCACACUGGGGCCUGACGCGCCACCAUAAUAGGAGGAUAAAGUUGAAUGGCACGGGGACGCCAGCAGGUGGACACUACAAUGCGGCUAAGCUCUCUUCAAUAGGAAGGGUAGACGAAGGAGGGGGACUCGAUGAGGGCGACCGGCACAAGAGGGGCACAAAAGACGAGCAGAAGAAAGCAUGGAGGAGGUGGGGGAGAAACCGCCCGAAUAAAAGCGCGGCGGCUUUGGCUCAACCUCACGCGUCGCCGUGGGAACCCAUCCCCAAGCCGGUGGCCCUAACAUCCACCGACCUGCCCUUUGACCUCUUCACCAGGAGGCCCGAGUUGUUCACGUUCAGGGAGGAGAACCCCUGGGACGCCACGCCGAUCACCCCUCCAAACUCGCAGGACUUCGGGGACGAGAUCAAGAACCCCUUCUACCCUGUAACGAGCGAGACUUACGGCGCCUACGCGAUCACAUGCGUCUCAGGAGUGAUCUUCCUGGUUGGGAUAGCGGGCAACAUCGCCAUCCUGUGCAUCGUGUGUCAAAACUACUACAUGAAGAGCAUCUCCAACUCCCUGCUGGCUAAUUUGGCUGUGUGGGAUUUUGUGCUCAUCCUCUUCUGCCUGCCCAUGGUAGUGUUCCAUGAGCUGACGAAGUCCUGGCUGCUGGGGGAAUUCACCUGCAAAGUUGUGCCAUAUGUGGAGGUUGCCUCACUCGGUGUCACCACCUUCACCCUCUGUGCUCUGUGCAUUGACCGCUUCCGUGCAGCCACCAACGUCCAGAUGUACUACGAGAUGAUCGAGAACUGCACCUCCACUACCGCUAAGCUAGCUGUCAUCUGGAUUGGUGCUCUCCUAUUGGCCCUUCCGGAGCUCCUCAUCCGACAGCUGGUAACUGAGGACACGGGGAUGCCUUACGAGCCACCUGUUGAACGCUGCAUUAUCAGGAUAUCAACCUCCCUCCCUGACAUGCUCUAUGUGCUGGGAUUGACCUACGAAGGUGCUCGGCUUUGGUGGUGUUUUGGCUGCUACUUUUGCCUCCCCACCCUCUUUACAAUUGGAUGCUCACUGGUUACGGCACGCAAGAUCCGGCGCGCAGAGCAGGCAAGCGUGCGUAGUAACAAGAAGCAAAUACGACUUGAGAGCCAGAUGAAUUGCACCGUUGUGGCGCUGGCGAUCGUGUAUGGUGCCUGCGUUGUGCCUGAGAACAUCUGCAACAUAGUCUCUGCGUACAUGGCGGCAGGCGUCCCCGAGCACACCAUGUCCGUGCUCCACCUUCUCUCUCAGCUGCUGCUUUUCUGUCGGGCCGCCGUCACUCCUGCGCUGCUGCUACUUUUGUGCCGUCCUCUGGGCAGGGCUUUCCUGGACUGCUGCUGUUGCUGCUGCUGCUGUAACCACGCCCCUUCUUCGGCUACGGCCAGUGACGAUAACGAACAUGAGUGCACCACCGAGCUGGAGCUGUCGCCGUUCAGCACCAUCCGCAGGGAGCUGAGUAACUACACACCAGCCGGCUCCAACUGUUAAACAGACAUUCCUCAUCAGGGAUGGAGACUUCACCUGUGUGCUAUUAGCCCUUGGCUAGUAUUUCUCAGACUUGGCUUGGAGAGAUUUGCCUUACCGGGUGUGGUCACAUUUUUAAAAUGGGUGCAUGAAUACAGUAAGACACUGAAUAAUCACACUCAGCCAGUGUCCUACACCCUCAGUGUUCAUUCCUUACAAUAAUACUGUACAUUUACAGGAACUCUGUAACCCUAUUUUACAGCAAAGUUAACACAAAGCAAAAUCGUCUUUACACUCAUACCCUGGGGUGCUCUACAAACAGGGUCAAAACAUAUUUUUAGCAGUUCUGCCUGAAACCUUUAAAACUCACAAACCUCCCUGCUGUAGACCUUGUAUGCCUAAAUAUCUGUAGACAGCUGGGGUGGCCUCGUAACCCGUCUAGAUGUCUGCAUCUUCUCAAGGGGUUUGAAUCAGGUCAGUUUCUUGGAGUUUCCAACCGGCCUCAUGCUAUUACUGACAGAUAAAGGUAAUAAUAUUUAUAGUGGACUGUACAAUGUAUGUCGCUUAAAGGUUGUACAAGAUAUGUCACAAUUAAAAUGUUCAGACUCUUUUAAUGAUGAAUAUAUUUGGCUAAUAUCAAUGAGGAAAUUCACAGUAUACCUCAAGGGAGAACCAAUGUAAAUCAGCUUUAAAUGUGUCCAUUUAAAAUAAUAGGGACUAAUUAAUCAUAAUGUCCAACCCAGAAUGAUAAAACAGCACCCAGCGUAACACAUGGGCUGACACUGCCUAUAGAACUACAAGACUCGGUUUACAGACUAUACAGCUGUAAAUGUACAGUAAAAACAAUGCUGCACACAUGGGAGCAAAGCUUAAGAUAAUUAAACUAGCGCAGGGCGUCUCUGCAGUAAUUACAGUAUGCAGGAGGAAAACAAAGAGAGGAGUGGAUCACCCAUGUACACAAAACUUACACUGUAUAUUGAAAAAUAUCAAACGGACUAAAACACAACUGGGCUGGUCUCAGAGAUUCGUCAACAAGGACUCACGAUGUUUGGAAUGGACUAAUUGAGUUUAGAUUAAGAGUUUAAUGAAGUGGAAGGAAUCAAAUUACAAACUACAGAUUCAGUUGAAUAAAGUGGAGAGAAAUGGGACAUACCACCGUGGAGUAAAACUGAAAGGGAUGGACUCAGCAUGGACUGGACUGAAAAUAAAUAUCUGCACUACACUGUUGUAUCAUGUUACGCCUUACACGUUGGGCUGUAUAUAAACUGUACACUUUCUUUGGUGCUCUUAUGAUGAAUGCGCUGUAAACAACAAAUCCAUCGGUUCGACUUAGAAUCACAAGUAAUUGAGCUGGGCACUAUGUUUUUGGUCAAGAAGACAGAUUACAGUUAUCUGUGACUCUGGAGUAAAUGAACUAUAGUGGGUAAGAGAGAGAAAAAAAAAUCAAUGCAGAGUUCCACAGAGCUGCCAUCCGUACAGUUCAAAGAGAUAAGCUGAAUCUUUAAGUGUGAAUGCUGCUUUUGUUGGGGGGACCUUUGUCUAACACCGAGUCAACAAGUAUGGUAGCACUUUAUUUUAUACAACAGUGAAUCAGUGUUCAAAGACCACUCGUACACUAAUAAAAUGAACACUCAUUUUUCAAAACUAACAUUCUAGAGAAAAAACACAUAAUGAGCUAGUAUUUCAUUUUUUUUUACCAUUAGAUUGGUACAGGAUUAUAAUUUGUGGUAAUUGGUUCUGCUAUCUAAUUAAGGACAGUACAAUAAACCAUUUGUGUGCUUAAUAUUUAAUUGUUAACAAAAAAGUGCCAAUUCUACAUUAUAAAUACAGCUGCUGGACUGUAAAUGUAAGGGGAUUUUUUAUAUUUGUACCAAUAGUUAUCUCAUCUUUUUGGGGAAGUAAUGUACACAGAAGAGAUUUCAUUUUCAGAGUUAUUUGUUUACAGUUACUAAACAGGAGAAUAAAGUGCCACCAUAUACUGUAUGUGUAUGUAUAUAAACUUAAAGUUGACACCAAAAUUGACUGUCCAAACCAAAAUUAGUUGUUUCAAAGUGUUAGGAAUGUAUAAGCAGUGUCUAACAUACUGUUCAUCUUUCCUGCUUUAGUGUCUGGACUUGUAGUCAGGAAGCACAGGGGAGAUUUGUUGGUCUGCUCAAGGGCUGAAGCUGUUGCUAGCUACUGUGCUAACUGUGACAUCAACUAGCAUAACUCAACAACAUAUUUCACUUGUACUUGCUCUACCACCAGCACUUAAGUAUUCAGCUAUUCCCAGUAUCCAGUUAUACUUAAAGCUACGGCACCAGUAUAAUUAAACUUGGUGGGGUCAUUGGCAUAUUGAGCUAGUUAGCCCAAAGUCUCAGCUUCCUUUAUGUUUGAAAAUAGGUAUGUAUGUUUUAAACAUUAUAAAAUCACUAUCCACAUACUCCUACGUAUCCUUUACGGUGGGAUGGAUGUUUAGAAAUUCAGGGCUCUCAAGUUUUGAACUCAGUUCAGAGUGAGAUUUUGGCAAAGGGGAGUUGCAGACCGACAGACCGCGUCUUCUAAUCUGCGGUCAGUCUGCAUUGCGCAUGUGCAUCCUUUUCUUUGGAACGUAACCUUGUUGCGUUGUUUUACUGUGAGACUUGAGAGCCCUGGAAAUGCAUCCACUUGAGGGCGUGCAACAAACUGGCCUCUGUGUUGUUUUCUGCUGGACUUGUAACUGCUAACUACCCAGCUCGACACUGCCCCCCCACGAUUUGCAGUGGUACUGCAACGUUUUGUCCGAAAGUCACAAUUGAAAGAAACAGAGUACGGGCAGAAGGCUCCAUUUGUAUCUGUAUGAGUAUCGGACCCAGUAGAGCAUAAAUGAGCCUUAAGACUGACAAGGUGGAUGCUAUCAGAGUUGAGGCUAAUGUAGCUAAGCAGCUCUCUUGUGUAUUAUUCUUAUUGAAGUAGUAGUUGGCUUUUCAAACAAAGUAGAAAAGUGACCUAAAGGCGCUUAUCGCCUAAUGUCAAAAGGAAAAACACUUUGUUUCAAUUGAACUAAUGCUGCUCUUGUAAGCUUAGCGAGCUAGCUAGCUAAAUAGUAGGGCCCAUUGAUACUUUAGCUGGUCCAACAGGCAGUUGAUUGGGUGAAAUGAAGGGUUGCUUUUGUCUUCUUGUGUCUUAAAUUAGGCUUCUUCAGUCAGCACUUAGAACCUUGAAUGGUAAAAUUUCUGAUGCUAGCGCUGGGCUUUAAAUUUGUGCCACUCAUGGAUAGAAGGCUAAAUCAACGCGAAAAUUCAAGGGGCUGGGGCUUUGCGGUCACUUAAUAUUGAAGUGAGAAAGGUCCAACUUCUUGAUCAUUAACACCCUUUGCAGUUUUAUUACUUUAAGUUUUAAGGAGAACCGAUGACAUGUUUUUUCAGUGUAUAAAUUUACAAGUGUAUUGUACUGUAAAUCUGUUUUCUUAUUCCUACCCAUCAGACUUGGGUCAAAACAAGGUUCAAACCCCUGGUACAACCUCUCAACUUGUUAAAGUUCAAGUGAUUAAAGUGGCGGUGAAAUCAUUACUGCAAAAAUACUCAAGGAUUUAAGGUAGAGGUGUGCCAAUGACCACAAUUAUUCUAAAAACCCUUAUUGUAUUUGUUUAAGAUCAAUUUCUUCAUUCUAUUUAUAGCUAAAUUGAAUGGUUUGAGCUCUGUAUUGAUCCAGGUUUGAUGCUCAUUGGUAUACUGUAUAUUGCGAUGAAUCUUUUGCAUACGAUUCUGCACUGCCAAACACCUUCUCUCUGUCUGUCUCUCGUGCUCUUGUGGUAGUAGCACACUAUCUCUGGGUGUCUCUCUCUUAAAAUGGAGGUCAGUUUACCCUCAUCUUCAUCUAAAUAGGAAAAAGAAUACAAUUAGAAAGUCAUAAAUCACUAAUGAUUUGAAAGCAUCCAAGGCUAGUCAUGGUGAAAGAACCAUUUUUUAGUGAACAAAUGUGGGUAUACGUUGUUUUUUUCCUUCUAUUGCUGGAGGCAGCAACCCUUUGGCUGUAAUGAAAUCCAGUUUAUGAGCUCCAAGAGAUCCAGGUGGAUGUAGCCUUUGGUUGCAGCUGCCUGUAGUUUUUCAAGUUGAUAGAGGAAAUGGACAGGAACUUAGCAACACUGCAACACAAUGCCCUGCAGCCUGUUUGACAACUCUUUUUAUUAGCAUCACUAUCAGUGUAUUGUGGGCCCAUGUGUAAACCUGUCCAGGGAGGUUUAUGUCCUUGCGACAGCCCAGUUUAUAUCACUAAAUCACUUCAUGAGCACAGGUUUUUUGUUUCUACUUUCUUGGAUUUCUCCCCCUUGUUUUCAAUGAAUCAUGAGUAAACUGACCCCCUGCAUUUGAUUCUCUUUUCCUGCAUUUUUCUGGGAGCAUAGCUCGUUCUAAAUGGCUCAGUGUGUAGUACUGUGGUUCAAACUAUUGAUGAAGUGAUUCUUGUAAAUCAGUCAGUGAGACGUUUCUUCUGAGUUUUGUGAGUAUUCUCUUCACUCUGAGCAAAUUGUGUCUGUAUUUGAUACCUGAAAAUGUAAGCACACAACCACUAUUGUCUCUUCAGUCUAGUCACUGGUUUCUAAAUAGCUUUUUAUAUAGCCAAAAAAAACUGUCCCUUUGUUUAUCAAAGAACUUUAUCUUAAAAAAAAACUGUAUAUUAAAAUCCUAAAUGUACUGUUA